GUUUAUUUUGUUUUUCCUAGAAGUGAUCGAUACUCCUUAUGGGUAAUCAAUGGUUUCUCUACUUUCUUCUGUUCACUUUGGAAAACAAUGGAGCUGAAAUUGAAUACAUCUUUUAUUCAAACGCCACUCACAUUUCCUAUGUUUCUAUUGAUGGUGGAGAAUCUAAAGCCUUGGUGAAGACACCAAGCGCGACUCUUGCUUACGACGAACUGAACUACCGUUUUUGGUAUUAUAAGGACGGUGAGAAACUGUAUAACUCAAAUUUGGAUGGGAGUAAUUUUAAAAAUGUUUCGGUUCCAUCAAAUUUUGGUCCCUUUGCUGUUGAUGCAGCGAAUCAAACUGUCUAUUAUCUCACCAAGACUGAUUUUAACCUUAAAUUGAUUGACUACGAUGGGAACGACUUACCAGAUAUUGGUGUGUUACCAAACAAUGAUUUCAGGGAUUUGCAAAUCGACACCCAUAACAGAACAAUAUUUUUCACCACUGAUCUUACAAACAAUCGAAAUCUCAUCCGGUACAGUUUUGCUGAUGGAACUGUUCAAACUCUUCACUCUGGUGUUCCUGGAAUAGGCACUCAUCUUGCGCUUGAUAUCUGGAAUAAAACUGUAUACUGGAUUCUAUUCACUUCUGAGACAAAUUACAAGAUAUUAAAAACAACGUACGAUGGUCAGACUACACAGAUAGGAACAGAUCAAUCAGGAAGUAUUACAACCGUGGACAUUGCAGAUGGAAAUGGAUAUUAUUAUCCUCGAUACAACAACAUCGAAAAUGAUACAUAUAAUUAA